CUACAUGAAAUUGCUAUUUUCAUGAUGCGUUUCUUUUUUUGGGAGAGUAUAUUAGCAGCAUGCUAACAAGCAUAUGCAUAUGCAUCUGUGCGUAUCAAAUUUAUAUCCAUGCACAUGCAUAAUGCGCUGUAACAGCUCGUCAGGGUUGGUCAUGGCAGCGUAGUCAUGGCAUCGGCGUGCAUAUCCGACUUCAGAACGCUACACAAUCGCAUUGUCCUUUCAUCCAGAGGGCCGGCACCCAUACACUGCUGGUUGAAUAGGGGCACGUUAAAUAUUUUGAAAAGGAACAAACUUCGUCCGGUGGCACCAUACCUAGUGAUUCAGAUUGUGGCAGCAUCUGAGCCUUAGAUAUCCAGAAGUCACAUCUGCCCAGUGAGGCCCCCAAAGCACGUACUCCUGUACUCUCUGCCACCAGCGUUACUUGACUUCAUCAGAGUUGCGGCCAGUGCAUCGUACAUAGACACUUGCGCUGAAAGACAGACAGAUAUUCCCCAACUUAACCAUGCGGAAUCAUGAAGAAGCCGUUGAUCCUGGAUUUCCCAUGAAAGGCAUACAUUGUGGAGAUGACGGAAGACCUAACGUUCAACGAGACUCGUGGAGCAGACAUCUGGACUACAUGCUAACAAUGGUGGGCUACUGUGUCGGACUGGGGAACCUGCUGAGGUUCCCCUACAUCUGUAGCAGGAACGGCGGAGGAGCGUUCUUGAUCCCUUUCAUACUUUUCCUGAUGAUCGCUGGGUUUCCUGCCUUGUUCCUGGAGUCCUCAAUUUCUCAGUUCUCGGGAAAGGCAGCCAAACAUGUCUGGAGCAUAUGUCCUAUGUUCAAAGGGGUCGGUUUGGGAGGUGUACUACUUACUGCCAUCUUGACGCCUUAUUACAACCUUUACCUGGCCUGGCCCAUCUACUACAUUGUGAAGUCCUGCUCCAGCGUCUUGCCGUGGACAACUUGUGGCAACAGCUGGAACACCGACCUGUGUGUGGAAGGUGGAAAUACCACCAACAGCAGCCACAUGGCAUCUCUGGCAGUGAAUUCAUCUCAUACAAUAACUGCAGCGGAGUUGUGGGAAAAUGGGACUUUGGCUCACACACCUGCUGAGGAAUUUUGGCAGUACAAUGUACUGAGUGUGUCUACCGGCUUGGAGGACGUGGGGUAUGUGCAGUGGCACAUUGCGGGAUGUCUGUUUGCUUCACAUGUUUUGAUCUUCCUCUGUCUCAUCCGUGGAAUCAAGUCUGCUGGCAAAGUUGUGUAUGUGACUGCACUGCUGCCGUACUUUCUCCUGGUUUCAAUCUUCGUGAUGACCCUGCUAUACCCAGGCGCUGUAGAUGGCAUAAUGUAUUACGUCGUUCCUGACUUCGUCAAACUACUUGAUAUACAGGUAUGGAUAGAAGCGUGUCUACAGGUUUUCUACUCACUUGCACUUGGCUUCGGAUCAGCUGGAACUGCCGCAAGCUACAAAAAGUUCCACCAACCAUGUCUCAGAGACUGCCUCAUACUGGCCUCAGUAUCAGAGGGAACCAGCAUCUUUUCUGGCCUGGUCACAUUUGCUGUUCUCGGGGUGAUGGCACAGAAAAUGGGUGUUCCCAUUGCAAAGGUAGUUUCAUCAGGUCCAGGUUUAGGAUUUGUAACCUAUCCAGAAUCUCUGGCAAAACUUCCGUUUCCUCAGCUGUGGUCAUUCCUGUUCUUCCUGAUGCUGCUAAUGGUUGGUUUGGAUUCGCAGUUCAUGAGUAUGGAAGUUGUUGUUACUGCCCUGGUUGACCAGUACCCACGGACGCUGGCUAAGAGGAGGAUGCUGGUUACACUAGGAUGCUGCUUGAUGUCCUUUCUUCUUGGAAUCGUGUUCUGCACACAGGGAGGUCCAUACAUGUUCCAGCUGCUAGACUGGUAUGUAGCGGCUCUGGGGCCCUUGUUGUUCAGCACGCUGGAGUGUGUUGCCGUGAUGUGGAUAUACGGGGCAAAACAAAUGAGCAGGGACGUAGAGAUGAUGACUGGCAAAGCACUAUCGUCACCAGUAAAGAUCCUCUUGGCCUUUGUGACACCGGCAAUCUUGAUGACAGUUUUCAUCCUGACACUUAACAACUACCAGCCACCGACCUACGGCAACUACGAGUUUCCCAGCUACGCCAGUACAAUAGGCUGGUGUGUGGCCGUCAUCUCCACCCUCCCUCUCCCGGUCUACAUGGUACUGGCUGUCAGGAAACACAUGGCAAUCCAUUCUCUAAAGAAGAGUAUAAAGCUGGCCUUGAGGCCUGCUAAGGACUGGGGUCCAGCAAAUGCCACAUACACGAUGAAUCAGCGCACAGAAAUACCUUCGCUCAAGGCUAACGUCAUGGACAUGUUUCAAUAAUUAGACCUGAACUUACCUAAACAGUGUAAUAGUUCACUGAAUGAUGACAUACCAUGGGCGUGCGUGCGCGUGCGUGCGUAACCUGACAUUGCAUCGUUUUGACGGUAUUCCUGAACCAUAGAUACUUAUUGAUAUAUUUUGAUGGAGGUAAUGAUAAAAAUCGCAUAAAACAGCCUUGAAGGCAUAACUGUCAGUUAUAUUUGUGCGUGUAUGUGUUAUAAUUAAUAUGUUCGUACGUGUUAAAUACCAUGUGAUAAGGUGAUAAUGAUUGUGAAACAGAACGUAUAACGUGAUUGAUGUUGAAUUCAUAGUGCAAUUCAUAGUCCUAACGUGACUAUUCCAUUAUUCCAUUACACUGAUUUUAUGUGCGCUUUCCGCCAUAAUGCGUAUUUCACACACGGAAAAUCAGAGCACCGACCAAGCUUAUUGCAACGUAUCGAUUAACAGGUAGAAAAUAAAACAUUAUCCGGGAAUCGGUCCUUACAGCAGCUAGCUGUGAAACCAACAAACAACGAACCAAUGGGAUGUAAUUAACAAUUUAUUCUAAAGUUCACAAAUUAGCACAAAGGUAUCACACUGGCAGUACAAAAUAGCGUAGCCAUACAAAUUCAAAGGUAAUAUAAUCCAAGAACAGUGAUUAUAGCUAUAAAGACAAUGAUGGUAAUAUUCACCUCUCCGUAACAGUAAUUCAACUGUUAAGAAAUUAGGUCUAGGCAGAAUAUCUUAGGGUAGAGAGUGAUCACACAAAAUGCUGGCCUUCUUAUGAAAGGAUAUCCCCUUCUGUACACACAAAUAAGAUUCUAGAAAUUGCUACUACGACACAUAAGGUUGUAGUACCCUAUAGCAGCUUCCAGAACUUUCUGUCUAAAUCUAAAACACAACAGCUAUAAUAUUAUAUACAUUUAAUUGGGAGUAGGAAAAAUAACAUAAGGGUAUGAAUGAGACUGAUUAACAACCACCAUGGAUAUUGGUGAUUAAUACAGUUACAACUGGAAGAAGCCAAUUGUACGUAAAGGGGAAAUUUGACAUUGUUCCUAUUGGGUAACAUUUCAACCUUUGUUAUAGCCAUGGUGGAACGUGCCUGUUCAUUAUGUUCUGUUGUGUAUAACGUUUAUUUAAAGGAUAUGUUUGUGAAUUGUAAAUGUGGCAUCUUUCAUAUCCCGUAACAUUCUAAGGUUUACUGUUAUAUUCCUGUUCAUUAUGUUCUGUUGUAUAUAACGUCUGUUUAAAGGAUAUGUUUGUGAAUUGUACAUAUGGCAUCGUUCCUAUCCCGUAACAUUCUAACGUUUACUGUUAUAUUCCUGUUCAUAAUGUUCUGUCGUUUUCAUAUAAAUUGUGUUGGAUAAAUAUAACGUGAAUUUGCUUCAUAUUGAUAUAUUAUUAUUAUUUUUUACAUUAACACACAGCCAUGUUUAAUGCUUAAAUGUAUAAUCCUGGCUGCUUGAAUAAACGUUUCAUCCUGUACCCUGUCUUCCAUCGUAAUCGAGGGGAGAGUGACUUUGAGAUCAUGUUCAGAUCAUGCCACUCAGUGUGAGUGACUGUCAGGUGGGUGAGUUAACACGAUUUUAACUGUAUUCUAUUUUUUCCGCGUUAUUACUCAGUGUUUGAGCAAAGGCCCAAGUGAUGCAGGUCUCAGACGUGUACCACUAGGGUGAAAGGGCACAAGGAAGGGUAUAAUGCUGACAAACCAAGCAACAGUCAGGGCUAACUGGGAUUCGAACCCCAAAAGAUAGGUUUCUGGGACGCCCAAGGGACUGAAACGUUCCCCGUACCCCCUCGUUUUUACGUGGUUAUAACAAGGGUUCAAUGCUUUCAUUUAGACAACUAUUUGGAUUUUCAGCUUAAAGACAUAUGUUAUUUUACAACUGCUGUUGCAAAACUUUAUGUUGUAUCAUGCUUCUGGAUGUGCUCUGAACGCGAUGCUUGGGUUUGUGGUAUGGUCUGCUGUUGUAUAGCUGUGAUGAAGAAUUUGAGUUGGUUAAAACAAUACCAGCUAAAAUGACAUCCGUUGAUCUAGUGAAACAUCCAGUGAUUAGGACUAGGGGCGAUGUACUAGUUGCUUGGAUAUGUGCGCUAUAUAAAUAUCCUAUAAUAAUAAAUAAUUUGUAACAGAGCAGGAGUUGAGUUGAACCCUACUUUUUAUCCUGGAAUG